AUGGACUUCGACGCCACCAUCGAGCGCCUGAACGCGCUCAAGCUGCAGGAACGCGGCGCGUCCCAGGCGCACGCCGAGCACGCGCACGCGCACACGACGCAGCUGCAACUGGAGCUGCGGCGGCUGCAUGAGGAGAACGAGCGGCGCGUGCACGAGCAGGAGCGGCAGCUGCAGCAGUGGCAGAGCGAGAUGCGCGAGAUGCAGACGCGGCUCGAGGCCGCCGAGCACCAGAACCGCCUGCUCAAGGCGGCGCUGGGCGAGGUGGACACGUACCGCCACCAGGCGGAGACGCAGCAGCUCGUGAUCGAGGAGCUGCAGUCGCAGGUCAAGCAGCUGCGCAUCACCAACUACCGGCUGCAGUACGUGGUGCAGCAGAGCCAGCCGCGAGGCCAAGGGUCCUUCUUGCCGCCACCGCCGCCAGAUAUUUUCUAG